AGUAGGACCCAGCGCAUAGGUAAUCCACUGUAGUUAAUUUCUCUUUUGGGUAGAUUCGGCCUGUCUCAUCUUACCGACGGGCGGCUUUAACGGAUUGAUAGUCGGGUUUUAAAUGGUGAAAAAUCUCGAGCAUGGCACAUCGAUUUAACUUUCAAUAAAUCUAGUACAUAAAUGCUUGGACAAUAGAUAAACUUCUUCAAUAUGGAGUACAAUGGUGGUAGUUUAACGGCAGAUCACCUUUGUGUACUCGUUCAUGGGCUUUGGGGCAACCCGAAUCAUAUGAAAAAUGUCGCGAAACAACUUCGAGAAACCCAUUCCGAGGAUAAACUAUACAUCUUAGUCGCAAAACGAAAUAGUGGCAGUUUUACAUACGAUGGUAUCGAACGAGGCGGCGAGCGCGUAUGCCUCGAGAUCGAGGAAGAACUCGAAAGCAUCCGAAACAGAGGCGGCAACAUAACAAAGAUCAGUAUUGUUGGAUACUCUUUAGGAGGUCUAGUAGCCCGUUAUGCCGUAGGAUUAUUAGAGAUGAGAGGCAUAUUCCGAGAAGUCGAACCUAUAAAUUUCACCACAUUCGCAACUCCUCACCUCGGUGUUCGUACCCCUCUACACGGUUUCCAUAAUCAUAUAUGGAACGUCCUAGGCGCGCGCACGUUAUCGAUGUCUGGGAGGCAAUUGUUCCUAAUUGACGAAUUUCGCGAUACCGGACGACCAUUACUCGCAGCACUCGCCGACCCCGAAUCGAUCUUCAUAUCAGGUCUAAAAAGAUUCAAACGCCGAAUAUUAUACGCGAAUAUAGUCAAUGACCGAAGCGUGGUAUACUACACGGCCUGUAUGUCAAGAAUAGACCCGUAUGCCAACCUAAAUCGGAUCGAGCCAAACUACCUCAAAGGCUAUGAAGAUGUUGUGCUGAACCCCAUAAAACCAAUUUCGCUCGUCAAUAAGAAAUCCGAGCCCAUGACAGUUUCGAGAAAGCUGAACUAUCUACGGAAUAGAUGGAUGUUUGCGCUAGCCGUUUUUCUACCGAUCGGUGUCGUUGCAUUCUUACUCAACGCGGUGGUUCAGACGUUUCGUAGCUCGAAGCGCAUCCGACUACACGAAUCCGGUCUUGCAGGUAUCCAAAUAGAAAACUACCGAUCGCCUAUAUGGCUUAAGGAGCUACGAGGCACGGUCGAAGAUGCAUACGAAAGCCUGAAUAACCAGCAAGAGGAGGCGUAUAUUCGACCAUGGGACAAUGACAACCGUUAUGGCCGGUUGGAAUCAUCUGAGGCGCGAAUAUUGCAGAGAGAACGAAGAAAUUCGAGCUCCCAAUUUCCGACCUUAUCUCUAGCCCUUUCGCAAUUCACCAUGAUCGAUGAAUUGGAUAAACUUGGCUGGAGGAAAUAUUCGGUCUGGAUUCAUAAUGUCCGAACGAGUCACGCCGCUAUAAUUGUUCGUACUGAUAGCGAAAGAUUGAAAGAGGGUUACGUUGUGCUCAGGCACUGGCUUAAGGAAGAGUUCCUCAUUUAAGCAUCAUAUCUCGGCGUUUAGUGGGGAGCAUAUAUAGACGAGGCAUUACCAGGAUAGGGACGGGUGU